AGUAGUACUACUAUAUAUAUCAAAUUCAUAUAUAUUUAUAUAUAUAUAAGAGAUUUAUAUAUUUAUAAUAUAUGGCUCUCACCAUGCUGAAGAUCAUAUACCCUUUGUUCCUAUCUUCUUUACUCAUUAUUGCCUCUGCUAAUUACUAUCCAAAAGAUGGAAAUCACAAUUCAUAUCAUGUGAAUUACCUGAAAUAUGACCAUCUUUUUGACCAUCUGAAGCCACAACAAACAAAAAACACCAUUGAUCCAAUAGUUGGAGGAGUAAUCCCCACCAUGAUCCAUACCAUUGGGAUUGAAGGAGUUAUUCUUUGCCAAACAGCACUUAAUACAUAUAUUCCAAUCCAAGGAGCCGUGGCAAGAGUGACAUGUACUCCAAAUUACUCAUCAUACGACAAAGAUGAUGUUCCUACAUCCAUGUUGAGUUACGAAAGUGACGUAAAUGGUUUCUUCCUUGUCAAGUUAUUAGUUUCACAGCUCAAAACAGGGUUGAAUGUCAAAGAAGAUUGCAAAGUAUUUCUCGAGUAUUCUCCACUUCAGACCUGUAAUCUUCCAACCGAUGUUAACGAUGGAAUUACUGGUGCAAAUCUUUCUUUCUUCACUGCUUUCAAGGACAAGGUUUUCUACACUUUGGGAGCAGGACCUCUCAUCUAUACCACUACCCCUAAAACUGACAAUACACGUGAUCAAUAUUCAGCACCCACUCCUGGAUAUUAAAAAUAGGCAAAAGCACUAUUCUUUUUUCUUUUAUAAUUUCCA